AUGGUAAAUAACAAUCCAACAACAACAAAUGGCCACGCUGCCAAUGGUACCAGCAGUGAUGGCCUUGGGCUAGAUAGUUUACAUUUAGAGAAUUUACUUUUACGAGAUGAAGAUAUCUUUCAAACUUCACUUAAUUCAGAAGAUUAUUUAGAAAGUUUAGCUCCAAUAAUCAAAGAAGCUAUUAAAGUCAAUGGAUUAUCAAAUCUUAUUGUUAAAUUGAAUGAAAUUGUGAAACAAAAAGAUGAAGAAUUAAAUCAAGCAUCAAUGGAAUCUGCUGAUGAAAUUAAUACUUGUAUCAAUAAUAUUGAUAAUAUCUUCAAAGAAGCAAAUGAUUUGAAUGGUCAACUUGUUGAUGUUGAUCAGAAAUUAAGUAAAUCAGCGGUUGAAUUAAUGCAAAGAAAGAAGAAUUAUGUUAAAUAUAAAAAUGUUUCAGGAAGAAUUAAUGAAACUCAAGUUGUGCUUAAUGAAUGUAUUCAAGUAUUAGAAUUAACUAAUAAGAUUUUAGAAUUAAUUAGACAAACGAAAUAUUUCAGUGCUUUGAAAUUAAUUGAUGAAUUAACCAGUAUUCAUUUAUUAAAAGUUGAAGAUUUUACAUUUGCAAAGAAAAUUGAAGAUUCAAUUCCUCAUUUAACUAAAAUGGUUAAAGAAGAUUCUUUUGAAAAUUUAAGUAAAUGGUUAAGUUUAAAUCUUGAACGGAAAUUAUUAGCAAUUGGUGAAAGAAUAUUUGAUAAUUUACAUAAAUUACAAAAAAAUUGGGAAGAAACUAAAGAAAAUAAUCGAACAUUCUUACCUUAUAAACUAAAUUCCCCAGUUGAAAUAUCUUUAAGAGAUCCAGCUACCAAUUAUAAUAUCUUCCAAGAUGAAACAUUACAAAUCCCCUUGAAUAGCAUAUAUGAUGCAAUACUAGUAUAUCAAACAUUACAUGAAAGUGAAUCCCUUGUAAGUGCAUAUCAUAAGGAAUGGAUGAAGAAAUAUAAUAGAAUUAUAUAUCCAUUAACUCCUGCAUCAGUAAGUAAAAAAGAAGUAAUAUUGAAUAAUCGAGAAUUAGGUGAAUAUUUACGUAAAAUAACGGCAUUUUUCAUUAUGGAUAAACAAUUGAAUUUAAUUACAAAAUUCCAAUUAAGAACAAAUAAUCAGGCUGAUGAAUUAUGGAUAUCUUAUGUAUCUAAAUUAAAAUCAUUAUUAAUCUAUAAUCUAAAACGAAAUCAAUUUGAUAAUAUAGAAUCAUUAAAUGAAUUCAAAAAUUUAAUUGGGGAUUUCUUACAAGUUAUGGAUAAUUAUUCUUAUGAUGUAAGUGAUUUAUAUCAAGUCAUGAUGUUAAUGUUUAAAGAUUAUUUCGCUCCAUUAAUGGUCCAAGAAUUUAGAAGUGAAUUUAUUGAAUCUAUAACUUCUGAUCAUUAUAUGCCACUUUCAGUUGAUUCAAUGACUGAUUAUGAAAAUAUUAUGAAAAUCGUCUGGUAUAAAAAGGAUGCUCCAUUUGCCCCUGAAAAUGUCACCAAGGCACCAGUUACUUUCCCAUUCAGUGAAGAUUAUGUCCAUUAUUGUUAUGGAAUACGAACUUUAUUAACUGAUGUAUUAACAUUCUUAAGUGAACAUUAUAAUUAUGAAAUAACGGAAAUUAAUGAAAUUAUUGUUCAUAAUAUCAUUGAAUUAGUUUUGAGUGAUAAAAAGGGAUCAGGUAUUGUUUAUGAUAUUGAAGAUUUUGUUAAAAAGAAUAUAAACAAUAAAGAAAUUGUGGUUCAAACUUAUACAAAUUUAGAAUAUUAUUUAUUUAGUCUUUAUGAAGUUGGAAGAAUGGUGAAUCGUAAAUUAAGACAAUAUACUGGGAUGGGAAUACAUAAUAUUGAUACCAAUGAUACAUUCACUCUUCAAGCAGUGGAAAGGUUUAAGAAUUUAAGGAAAUAUUCUGAAGAAACGAUUUUCAAAAUGGUUGAUACUAAGAUUAAUGAAUUAUUAGAUAUGGUUGAAUAUACUGAUUAUAUAACCCUUGAAAAGAAUAGUGAAGCUAAUUAUUCAGUUAAAGAUUUUGCCUUAUUCUUGGAAAAUAUGUUUACAUCAAUUUUUUCAAAUUUACCAUCUACAUUUAGAACAUUAGGGUUAUUCAAAACAUAUGAUCAUGUUUCAGUUCAUUUCCUUAAUGUUUUGAAAGGUGCUCCAUAUUUCAAUCGAACGUUUAUUGAUAAUUUCGAUUUAGAUAUUAAAUAUUUAGAAGAAUCAAUGAAAAAUAAUCUUCAAGAUGCAACAAUGUCAAAAGAUGGAAACACAAUGGCUUUGGAAUCCACAUUCACCGAAUUAAGACAAUGUAUCGAUUUACUUAAAUUGGAGAAUUAUGAUGAAUUUGUAACUAAUUCAACUUUUAGAAUGAGGAAUUUUGAUAGAAUUAAAUUGGAAGACGGUAUACUGUUGAUUUCAAAGGUUAAGGAUACACAAGUGGAUCAUAGAAGAUUAGCUAGUGGUGGUAGUGCUGGUCUUUUUGAUAGUACUAGUAUGAAUUCUCCUCUGACUGCAAGUGGUAGUGAAACUUCGAGUACGGCGUCGAAAUUGGCACAAUUUAAAACAAGAUUUAAGAAAAGAAGUGAAGAUUAG